GUUGGAGGCACAUUAGUUGUGCUUCAUCCAGGUGGAACUAUCGAUUUCGAUUAUUUAACCAAAGUGUUGCUGAACAAACAAAUUACAUAUAUGCAUACUGUACCAAGUUUACUGCAUAGUUUUUUUACUUCUAUCGAGCAGAACAGCAAUCCGAAUGUCUUGAAACAUCUCCGUUCACUUUGCAGCAGUGGUGAGUGACUUUCAACAAAUUUUUCUUGCUUAUGUAGUAUGUUUUUUUAUUAUAGGUGAACCCUUUUCUGUUCCUUUAAUUGAUUUGAUUGUGAAAAUUGGUAUAACCAACUGUAUUGUGUGGAAUUUGUAUGGUCCAGCAGAAGCAACCAUAGGUUCUACAAUUCAUUGUAUAAAUGUUACAAAUGACACACAUAGCAUUCCAAUUGGUAGACCAUUUUAUAAUUACCGAUGUAUGAUUAUGAAUGAACAUUCACAAUCAUCUGUUACCGAUCAACAAGGUGAACUGUUUGUGGGAGGUGUUGGUGUCUUUGCUGGUUAUCUUGGUCGUAUGGACUUAACUGCAAAAGCUCUCAUUGAAAUAGAUGGCGAACCAUUUUAUCGAACAGGUGAUCUUGUUAGAAUGGAUAGCAAUGGUCUUCUACAUUAUCAAGGAAGAAAAGAUCAUCAAAUCAAAUUACAUGGUCAACGAAUUGAACUUGGUGAAAUCGAACGAUGUCUACUUAACAUUAAAUCCAUCUCUGCUUGUGUUGUCAUGAAAUGGAAUGAUGAUUACUUAGUUGCUUAUGUUCAGUCUUCUCAUAUUAAUGAACAGGAAUUGCGUAGACAUUGUCAAACUCAUCUUCCACCACAUAUGAUUCCAUCUUUCUUUAUUAUUCUUGAUAAAUUGCCUUUGAAUCCAAAUGGAAAAAUAGAUCGAAAAUUUCUGCCACCACCUGAUUUGCCAUCGUCAAGUGGUAAUCAUGAUGAUAAUAUACCGCACACUACCUUAGAACAACAGUUACAAGAUAUAUUUAGUCAAGCGUUCCAUAUUGAAUCCCCUCAUGUUGAUGUUCCUUUUGGUCAACUAGGUGGAACAUCAUUGAGUGCUAUUCUUGCACUUACAUUGAUUCGUCAACAAGUCUCCAGUAAAGUUGACAUUGGCCUUUUAUUUACUAAUCCAUCUAUUCGACAACUGGCUCAAGCUAUAGAACCUUUAUUAGUUUUCGAAGAACUACAAGAGACAACUUCCACAGCCAAUGAAAUUUAUGAAACACAUGAUCGUCUGACACCUUCAUUUGUCAUCGAAUCUUUAGGUAUUGCACUUCUUGUUUGUCAGUGGUUGUUGCCAAUCAUGAUAAUUCAUCAAUGGUGUCCACUUCUUUUUCCUAUCUUACCAAUAUGUCAUCUUUUAUUCUAUGUUAUUUGCUCACAUCUAUUAUCACCAGGAAAUAUCAAAGGAGGCGAUGUGUUCUCUUGGAACUAUUAUCGUUGGUGGUUUUUAGAUCGACUAUGGAAUAAUAAUACAUUUUGGUUGCAACAUAUACUUGGUACAUCUUUGUACAAUUACUAUCUCCGUCUUUGUGGUGCUCGAAUAAGUCUCAACGCGCAUAUUUAUACCACAACAAUUGAUGCUCCAUGGUUGUUAGAUAUUGGUGAGGGAACUUGGAUUGCUGAUAAAACGACUCUCAACUCUGUAUAUUUUAAUGAUAAUAAUACUUUUACAGUACAUUCAGUUAAGAUUGGUUGCCAUUGUUCAAUUAGUGCCCGAUCAGUUCUGUUUGGUGGAGUUGAUAUGCAAGAUAAUAUUAUUGUUCAGCCUAUGUCAUCAGU